AGCCGGGCAGUGUUGUGUGGCAAAUGAACGUUUUUUUUAAUUUUUAAGCGAUGGGACCGGAUUAAACAAGUGACUCAUUUCCAUUGGAUGAGGCAGCUCUGUGUCGAGUUCAGAACUAAUAUUUUUUCCUCGAUGGCUGCCAGUGUCCGCACGAACCCGAAGGAUAAGGUUUUUCCUCCGCAAAAUGGAACCAGCGGUCGAAGGAGCGGUAAAUCAAAGGUUCGUCAAAGAAAUCCGAGGGAAUGGCUACGGUUGCUCCUUCGCCUGGAGUUUCUUCUACGGCCCCGGGUUUGAGGAGAAACUUUCGCUCCUCUAUUACUUCGCAGACGUCUCCUUUACCCAAAAGAGCGACGACGCUUUUCUCCUCUGUGCUGGUGUUUUCCGGGCGGUGGGGUGGAUCGGCGCCUAUUGGUUUUGGGAGUGUCGUCGUUUGUGCUGCUUCUUCUUUUUCAUCUUUUUCUCCUUCCAGCCUCCCCGCAGCGCUGCUUUUCGACUGUGACGGCGUACUCGUGGACACCGAGAAGGACGGCCAUCGCAUCUCCUUCAAUGAGACCUUCGACGAGAUGGGGUUGCGUGUUACAUGGGAUGUUAAACUAUAUGGUAAAUUGUUGAAGAUUGGUGGUGGCAAGGAAAGAAUGACUGCUUACUUUAACCAGACCGGUUGGCCAGAAAAAGCACCAAAAACUGAGGAGGAAAGAAUAGCAUUUGUAGCUUCUCUUCACAAACGGAAGACAGAGCUGUUUAUGGCCCUUAUUGAGAAGAAGCUACUUCCCCUGAGACCUGGCGUUGAAAGGCUCAUUGAUGAUGCUUUGACUAAAGGGGUAAAAGUUGCUGUUUGCAGUACAUCAAAUGAGAAGGCGGUUUCAGCCAUAGUUUCCUUCUUGUUGGGUCCUGAGAGAGCUGAUAAGAUAACAAUCUUUGCUGGAGAUGUUGUUCCUCGAAAAAAGCCUGAUCCGGCCAUCUAUUUGUUAGCAGCCAAUACUUUUUGCGUUGAGCCAUCAAGAUGCGUUGUAGUGGAGGACAGCGCCAUUGGUCUUGCAGCAGUAAAAGCCGCCGGCAUGAAAUGCAUAAUUACGAAGAGUGGGUAUACGGCCGAAGAGGACUUCGCAGACGCUGAUGCAAUUUUUGAUUGCAUUGGAGACCCUCCCGAGCAGCAUUUCGACCUUGCUUUUUGCACUAACCUUCUCAAUAAGCAGUAUGUCAGCUAAUUGAAUGAUGAUAGAAUACUACAUUGAUGAAUAGAAUAAAAUCGAUUUUAAGGUUUUAAGUUUGUCUAUUGUAAAGUUUUGUUUGCUAUAAAAAUCAUUUUAGGAGCUAUUCUAUGUAAGCUUAUGAAAUUAUA